CGCCAGAGAGAGCUGUAAGGCUCAAAGUAUGCCGGGAGCCAGUAGCCACAGCACAGGGCCGACUCCUCUUCCCGGGGCAUGCCCUCCAGCUCGUACCGGGAUAUGCCAGGUGGCUUCCUGUUUGAAGGGCUCUCUGAUGAUGAGGAUGACUUUCACCCAAGCGCCAGGUCCACGCCCUCGAGCAGCACACCCAGCUCCCGCCCAGCUUCCCUGGGGUACAGUGGAGCUGCCGGGCCCCGGCCUAUCACCCAGAGCGAGCUGGCCACCGCCCUGGCCCUGGCCAGCACUCCGGAGAGCAGCUCUCACACGCCAACUCCUGGCACCCAGGGCCAUUCCUCAGGGACCUCCCCGGUGUCAUCCGGCGUCCAGUCAGGGACGCCCAUCACCAAUGAUCUCUUCAGCCAAGCUCUCCAGCAUGCGCUGCAGGCCUCCGGGCAGCCCAGCCUUCAGAUGGAAACUUUAAUCUUCAGGAAAGAAUGCAGAGCAUCGGAAAUGUUAUUGAGGACUCUUCCCUGGUGGCGCAGUGGUUGAGAAUCUGCCUGCCAAUGCAGGGGACACAGGUCUAUCCCGGAUCCGGGAAAAUCCCCCUUGCCGAGGAGCAGUUAAGCCCCUGUGCCACAACUACUGAGCCUGCGCUCUAGAGCCUGCGAGUCACAACUACAGAGCCCACGUGCUGCAACCACUGAAACCCGCGCGCCUAGAGCCUGUGCUCCGCAACAAGAGAAGCCACUGCAGUAAGAAGCCCGCGCACUGCAGCGAAGAGUAGCCCCCGCUCGCCGCAACUAGAGAAAGCCGGCGCGCAGCAACGAAGACCCAAUGCAGCCAAAAGUAAAAUAUAAAUAUAAAUAAAUAAAUAAAUUUACUGAGAUUUU